ACAAAAAAAAAAAAAUCCUUAAAACAUAAAAAAAUAUAUUUUACACAAAAUAAAGAUAUAUAUAUCUAUGAACAACAAUAAAUAUUUACAAAUUCAUCAUAGCAAAUAUGUGAAAGAAUUCAUACAUAAAUAUCUUCUUUAAAACUGAGCAACAAGGGGUACAAUUCUUAACAUGGAAAACUUCUUCUAAUACACAAGGCUGUCUGUUGAUAUAUAAAACAAUCUGCAUGCAAUGCAUUUAGUAUUCUGAAUCUGGAAAUGAGACUUAUAAUGGAUUUAUGAUCAGACCUUUGAUUUAAGAUUACCCAUGAGUUUUUCCAGUUUCAAAGCUUUUGUCAAAUCACCUUUGAUUUUCAGUUUGCCAGUCAUGAAUGCAGAUGCUGGCUUUAACUUUCCAGAGAACAUUUCAAAAAACAAUUUUGAUUCCAUUUCAAGGGUUACAUCAGGAUUUACAGAUGGUUUCCCUCGACCUGAAGACCCAGAACCAUUUUUCAAGUCAAUGAACCAUGGACCUUCUUCAGAUCCACCUUUUACAUUAAAGAGAAAUACUGCAUUAGUUUUAGAAACCAAACUCUCACUUAAAUUUGCUUGAAUGACACUAAACAACUUUGCAAUAUUCCCACUUUGAGCACUUGCUGCAGCAUCUCUGAGUUUAGCAAAUGCAUUCUCUUCUAAUCCAUCCACAAAAGCAUCCGGAAAAAGAUUAUUGGCAUUUGCAGGAUCAACCGCAUACUGUGUAAAGUCAGUAAUACCUUCAGCUUUCAAUACUUCAUCGUCUAUAAGAAACUGUCCAGUUAUACUUCUCGAUUCCUUUGUGAGAAUUGCAUAAGCUGCAUCUGCCACGAUAUCAGGUUUUCGAAAGCGACUUCCUGCAUCACGGCCUGCCAACAUACUCAUUGCAGCAGUAUCAAUUGCAGUUCUAGGCCAUAAUGCAUUAACUGCGAUACCAUCUUCCUUAAACUCUGCUGCCAUUCCUAACACACACAUUGACAUGCCAUACUUGGCAAUUGUAUAGGCACAAUGACUACUAAACCACAAUGGUUUCAUAUUCAAUGGAGGACUCAUAUUCAAAAUAUGUGGAUUCUUCGAUUUCUUUAAAAAUGGUAUACAUGUUUUAGAUACCAGAAAGGUACCUCUAGUAUUAAUACUCUGCAUGAGAUCAUAUCUUUUCAUAUCUGUAUCCAAAGUAGAAGUUAGAGAGACCGCACUAGCAUUGUUGAUAAGAAUGUCAAUCCCACCAAAUUUUUUCACAGCAUUCUCUACCGCAGAAGUAACCUGAUUCUCAUCUCGAACAUCCACAACACAAGGGAGAGCCUUUCCUCCGGCAUCUUCUAUUUCUUUGGCUGCCGUAUAUAUUGUUCCUGGUAAUUUUGGAUGAGGCUGAGCCGUUUUGGCUGCUAUCACAAUAUUGGCUCCAUCCUGCGCUGCUUUUAAAGCCAAAGCUUUACCAAUACCGCGACUAGCACCAGUAAUGAAAAUAGUUUGUCCAGCCAACUUUCCCGUGUUUUUCAACAUUCUGAACAAUAACUAGAGUAUCUCACAAAGAUCCACGCCUAAUAUCACGUUCCUGAAUACCUGAAUAAUGCAGAAGGCGGUAUACGCGAUGUGCUGUCACAAGUGAGUCCCGCUACUACUACAGUUAUACGAAAGCCGGUGAAAGCUUGAAAUGAUGAAAAGAAGGAGAGAAACGCAACGAACAAUUUCUUCGUGAUCUAUUGCUCUCACUCGUUUUUUUUUAUUUCAUAAUGCUCGUACACAAAUAGAGAGGUAUAACUGCUGUACUCAACCUACGUGCAGCUCCGAAUUGUUCAAUAGCAAAUACUUGAAAUUGCAUGUUCAGCUCUCAUAUGUACUCUUCAGUACAUUGCCUUUUACGAUUCCACUUCGACAGAAAAACGAUGUACGCGUACAUUAAUAUUUUGGACGUUAAAAAGCUCAUGAACAUUUUAUUUCCUUAAUUAUUCGUUGAAACCAAUGGCUAGUAUUCAACAUUGUUAUGUUUGAUAACAUGUUUUUAUACCUACUCCGUACUUGGUGAAUAUGGGGCGGACAGCUGAAGAGCGUGAUGCGCAAUGUGCACAUCUUCAUGUGGUGAUGACAAUCCAUCUGUAAGCCGUGGUAAAUGUGGUGAUUGGCAUGAAAUACCAAAAAUUUGAUUCUGAUCAGUUCUUAUGCGCGAGGAAUAUAAACCUGAGUUUAUGAAAUUUAAGUGGAUUACGAAGAGAUAAUUUAAGUGACAGCAACAAAAAAGUUCGACAAAAUUUGGUGUCGUAUAACAAUGUUAUUGAGUACAUGAAGUGGUAUUGGUGUUUUCAAUUCACGCAAAUUACUUUUAAAACUUGGCCUUGAAGUUGUGAAGAAUUAUUAUUUGCAUGGAUGAGAGUUUGUGAACAUAUUGUAUUGAUUGUAUAAAAUUCAAGUCAUAAUUUUAAAUGGUAUAUUUCUCACAGUUGUAUUACAUUCAAGAGCAAAUUAUUUUUUUAUUGUGAGAGUGUAUUUAGUGAAUGACAUCUGGCUGCUGAGUAAUUAUCAUGGCAGAAUUGUUAUUAGAUUCACAGAUUAGAGUGUGGGUGUUUUUACCCAUUGUAGUAAUCACUUUUCUUGUGGGAGUUGUGAGACAUUAUGUUUCAAUAUUAUUGGCUUCCCAAAAGAAGGUAGAACUCCAGCAGGUGCAGGACAGCCAAGUUAUGAUAAGAUCACAUAAACUGAGGGAAAAUGGAAAGUACAUACCCAAGCAAUCCUUUUUAAUGAGACGACAUUUCUUUAACAAUGAAGAAACUGGAUACUUUAAAACUCAGAAGCGAGCAGCAGUCUCUCAGAAUCCAAUGACCGAUCCCAGUAUGAUGACCGACAUGUUAAAAGGAAAUGUUACAAAUGUUUUGCCUAUGAUAAUGAUUGGUGGUUGGAUUAAUUGGAUGUUCUCGGGAUUUGUAACUACCAAAGUCCCAUUUCCUCUUACAUUAAGGUUUAAACCCAUGUUGCAACGUGGAAUUGAACUAGUUUCACUUGAUGCAGCCUGGGUGUCCUCUGCAUCAUGGUAUUUUCUUAAUGUUUUUGGUUUAAGAAGUAUUUAUACACUAGUGUUAGGUGAAAACAAUGCAGCUGAUCAGACAAGACAUAUGCAGGAUCAGAUGUCGGGUGCGGCUAUGGCAAUGCCUCCCGAUCCCAAGGCUGCUUUUAAAGCGGAAUGGGAGGCUCUGGAAAUAUGCGACCAUCAUUGGGCGUUAACCAAUAUUGAAAAUGAUCUGAUGGGUUUAAGUGCUCCUACAGCUGAUAGUAUGGAAUAGAAGCUGCUGAAAGAACAAAGGAAUUGCUUUGUUUUAAAUAUUACCAUUGUGCUGUGACAUGAGCCUUAGUUGUUAUUUCUGAAGUUUUUCUAUUCCUAAAUUAGUUGGAUGUUGUGAAAUUCAAGAUGUUUAUUUGAAAGAAUGUUUUAUUUCUAUUUAUUGUCUGGAGUUUGUCACGAAAAUUAUUGUUAUCUUAUGCUGCUGUCUUAAAAAAGUUAUGAAUUGUUGGGAUUGUUAUAUUUGAUGAAACUGGAAUUAAUUUUUUAUGUUUUAACUUAAAUAUAGUUAAAACUGAUAUUUUGAAAUCUUGAAUUCUUUCAAUCUUACCUAUGUGUGAACCUUCAACAUUGUAUUAUUUUAACAGUUUACAAUUAAUUUCAAAUUAUUGGAACAUUCAGUGUUAUUAUAUAAACAAAAAUUAAAUUUAUAUCAGUAAAUAUUUUACGAGUAAAAUAAAAUACCCUUGAAUAGUCACAGGUUAACAUUUCAUCUAAUAUUUCAAUCUUGUCAAAUGAAAUUCAUUUACUUGUUAAUAGGCAAUUGUUAAAUUAAUUAUGAUUUUUUAUUGUGAUGUUCAAAAUGAAAAAUCAGUGAAAUGGAGCAGUAUUAUCUUUGUUUUAUUUUACUAAAUUUUUUCUGUAAUUAUUUCUCCUAGUUACUGUCAACUCUAGUGAUUUUCUUUGUAACAAUUCUGAUUAUUAAUUUGUCCAGAAUAUGUGGUGAAUGCAUAUUGUGCAUGAUAUGCCUUGAUGUACGUGAGAUUAUAUCCAUGAUGUACGUAUUGAUAGUGUAUUAUAGAAAGACACUCCAGGAAAUAAAGCAUUUACUGCAGCAAUUAGUCAAGUUAUUUUC